AUGACAGGACCGAAAUGCAAAUCGCCGACACCGGAUCCCUCACGAUCUGCUGCUCUUCUAAUCCGAGUCCGAACGAAGGAAGAGGCAGCAAGUAGGCGCAGCUGCAGAGCGGAGGUUUUGAAUGGACUCAUCUACAGGUCUGAAAACCCUAACCGCCAUAACCACCCCUCUCCAUUUUCGCUGCAGAGCUCAUCUACUCCGCCCGCUUCACUUGGCGCAACUGAAAAAGGCAAUGGGAGUGGUUUGCCUAACGGUGUUGGUCAGGCGGUCGGCGCGGUUUCACAGAACAAGCUGCUUCAAGUGAUUCCUGGUAACACUGGAUGCAUUGCUAGAACUUGUGCAGCAUCAGCCGUUGGACUACACUUAGUUGGGCCAUUAGGUUUUCAGGUGGAUGACACAAAGCUAAAGCGCGCUGGAUUAGAUUAUUGGCCAUAUGUAGUUGUCAAAGUGCAUAAUUCAUGGGGGGAAUUCUUGAAUUAUUUCAAUCAACAGGAUGGAGAAAAACGGCUUUUGGCAUUCACUAAAAGAGGAACAGCUAUUCAUUCAGAUUUUUCGUACAGAAGGGGUGAUUGGCUUAUAUUUGGCUCCGAAACUAGUGGAUUACCCCCUGAAGCCCUGCUUGACUGCCAGAGCAAAACAUUGGGCGGAGGGACUAUUCGGAUUCCAAUGGUUGAAACUUAUGUUAGGUGUUUGAAUCUGUCUGUUAGUGUUGGUAUUGCUUUAUAUGAAGCUGCUAGACAGCUAAACUAUGAACAGCUACAAUGCCCGGCCGGAGCUAAUGUUGGGAAUGAUGAGUCAUUUGUUGUAGAAGAUAUCUUUGCUUGA